AUGAGUGUCUUCUUUCAUUAUCUAAAUGAGACCGGAGGCUAUAUCAACUACGGCCCUGAAGGACUCGACCGCUUUGACCGUCUGGUCAGUCGCUGUGAGGAUCUCGGCUUGAAGCUCGUCCUCCCUUUAUUCAACUAUUGGCCCGAUUACGGCGGAGCCCCUCUGUACAUCGCAACCUACUCUAAGACAUGGACCGAGCAGUGGAUCGACCUUCCGAAGGCACAGGAAGUGUACAGAGACUAUGUCAAAGUCAUAGUCGAAAGGUAUAAGAAUUCUCCGGCGGUGUUUUCGUGGCAAUUGGGGAACGAGCCUAGAUGCGAAGGCUGUGGGGAAGAGGGGAUGGGAAGACUGGUCGACUGGGCAAGGAAUGUGAGUUCUUACAUCAAGGAGCUUGAUCCGGACCAUAUGGUUAGUAUGGGAGACGAGGGGUGGUUGACGCCGCGGGAAAGAGAAGAGGGGUACGGAGAUAGGGGCCAUGGGUAUGAUGGCAUCAAUGGGGUUGAUUGGGUUAGUAUCAUGGGUAUUGAGACGUUGGAUUACGGGACUGUUCAUCUCUGGCCGGAUCAUUGGGCAUAUCCAUAUGAAUGGGGUGUUCAGUGGAUAGAAGACCACGACAAGCUCGCCGCACAAUUCAACAAGCCAAUAAUCCUAGAAGAAUACGGCGCUGCCAAGAAGAAUGACCACAUCGAGCCUCUCCUCCCCUGGCAGGACGCUCUCGUAAAGUCGGGUUUCGCCGCCGACCAGACAUGGCAAUUCGAGCCUGACGGGACGAAUUUUACAGACUUCCCGGACCCCCAGUUUGCCAUCCAUUAUGGCUCCGAGGAAUGGCUCGUUUUAGCCCAGAAUCAUUCUCUCCGGAUCGACGCGAAGACCAAAGCUUUGGGUAUAGAGAAUGGCGAGAUGGUGAAGUUAGAUUUCGGCCAGUUUAUUUGA